CAUUCAUGCAGUCUCUGUUGGUCACUUUUGACCUAUAGCUUUAUACCGAGGAAUGCGACUUGUCGUUUGGUAGGGUCCUAAUCUUACUUCUGUACCGAGACUUAGCAUGUGGAUGACCUAUGGAUUGACUUUACUCUGCCUAACUUCAUGCCUCGCCUUACCCUUCGAGACCUUGGCUGGGUUGAGGCCGGUUAACCGGGCCCUCACUGCUUUAUCCGGGGAGGAGUUCGUGGUUGAGUCCGGGGGAGUUUAUGCUGUCUGUCAGCUUGCUUUCUCAACAGAUCUGACCAAGAUAGAUGCACCUUCGAUAUCCUGCACAACACUGGAUAAUAAUGGCGGUGGAGGGACGGUUGGAUCUGUUUCACAUUCAUGGACCUUCUAUUCAACCAUAGGUGGAACGCUGUAUGAAGUGUCUGCUGAUAUAUCUUGCAUCCCAGAUACAGACUCCAUUACCAGCCUGGACCUCUGCUUUAUAGAAGCUUGUACAUCAACAAGUGCUGGUUGUUUGGUUUAUCCAAGCACAAGCUCAUCAAGCUAUUCCAGCUCUUCCUCUAAGACAUCAUCAUUAGUCCUAAUAUUCUCCUCUGCCCCUAGUUCAAGUUCAGAUAGUUCAUCUUUGUCUUCAGAUGUAUCUUCUAGUAGUUCAAGCUCAUCCUCUAAAACAUCUUCUCUAGUUCUCAUAUUCUCCUCUGCUCCCAGUUCCAGCUCAUCGUCAGCAGGUUCUUCCAGUAGCUCAAGUGGUUCUUCUCAAACAUCAUCCUUGGUUCUAACUUUCCCAUCAGCACCUAGCUCUUCUAGCAGCGAAGCAACCACAAAAGCCCCAACAUCAGGAUCUUCUGCUUUGAUUCUUACUCUCUCCUCUCCAUCAAGCUCAAGCUCUGAAAACUCACCAUUAGUGUUGGUCUUCUCUUCUAAUCCAAGUUCCAGCUCAUCAUUAACUUCUUCAAGCAGCUCUUCACAAACAUCCUCUUUGGUGUUGACCUUCUCCUCUGCUCCAAGCUCAAGCUCUACAUCCUCAAGUUCCAGUGGUGCAUCCAGUAGCUCCUCAAGUUCAAGUUCAUCAUUAUCCAUUUCUUCAAGCAGUUCAUCCUCCUCAAGCAGCUCUUCAAAAACAUCCUCAUUGGUGCUGACAUUCUCCUCUGCGCCAAGCUCAAGCAGCUCUUCAUCAUCAUUAAGCUCUUCAAGUAGUUCCAUUAAUACAUCCAGUAGCUCAAGUUCCUCAUCAUCUUCUUCUUCCAGUAUUUCAUCUUCUUCAAGCAGCUCAAGCAGCUGCUCUUCGCAAACAUCCUCUCUGGUCCUGACCUUUUCUUCUGCUCCAAGUUCAAGCUCAUCAUCUUGUGUAUCUUCCAGCAGUUCAAGUUCAUCUCAAACAUCAUCUUUGGUUUUAACAUUCUCCUCAGCUCCAAGUUCAAGUUCACCUCCAAAGUCAUCUUCAAGCAGCUCUUCCACUGAAACAUCAUCUUUAGUUUUAACGUUCUCAUCUGCUCCAAGCAGUUCAAGUUCAAUAACUACAACUGCAGCUCCUCUAACCUCAGCAUCUUGUGGAUUAGUCCUUACAUUCCCUUCAUCAUCUUCAUCCAGUUCAAAUCUUCCAACAAUACUUGCAUUCUCCUCCAAUCCAAGCUCAUCCUCAGAACAAACAUCAAGCUUUGCUUGCUCUUCUAAAUCUUCUUCCUUGGUUCUCACAUUUUCAUCAGCUCCAAGUUCAUCUCCAACUGAUUCCUCAAGUAGUUCUGGCACAGAUUCAAGUAGUUCUGCUACUUCAUCAAUGGUUAUGACAUUCCCAUCAAACCCAAGUAGUUCUGGCACAGAUUCAAGUAGUUCUGCUACUUCAUCAAUGGUGAUGACAUUCCCAUCCAACCCAAGUAGUUCGAGCGCAGAUUCAAGUAGUUCUGCUACUUCAUCAAUGGUGAUGACAUUCCCAUCCAACCCAAGUAGUUCGAGCACAGAUUCAAGUAGUUCUGCUACUUCAUCAAUGGUUAUGACAUUCCCAUCCAACCCAAGUAGUUCGAGCACAGAUUCAAGUAGUUCUGCUACUUCAUCAAUGGUGAUGACAUUCCCAUCCAACCCAAGUAGCUCCAGCUCUCCACUAAGUAGUUCAACUCCUCCAGGAUUUCUGUUCAUCUUCAGCUCUAACCCCUCGAUGUCUUCUAGCGAUGGAACUCCUCCGUCCACUCCCGGAGCCCAAUCUUUCCUUGGUGCUUCAGCUUUCUUGUAGAAGAUUACU